UUCCUUCCCCCAUUCUGGAAAUAACAAAAAACGAACCUGUUACAGAGAAAGAGAUGUGGCGAUGCGUCCUGGAGUCCUUCUGCAUCGUGGGUGUUUUGUUGUACAUUCCAUCAGCUGUGAGGAGUCAGUCCUCGUCAGCUGAUCACCACAGGGGCGCAGAUCUCCAGGAUGUUGAUGCGCUUGUAACUCAGAUCGUUGAAGAACACCUGGCGGGCUGCUACUUGGUGUUUGUCACGACUGAAGACGACAACCCGGCGUUUACUUCCGUGUAUAGGUCGCUCCUGAGCAACUACGAGGCCGGUGUCGUGCUGGACCUUCGCACAGCCAAGAUCGGGGAAAACUCGGACCUCCUGACCGAACUGAGGGGCGGCGACGACAAGUUUGCCUGUCGGGUGUUCAUCGUGGUCAUGGGCGCCAGUUCCGACAUCUCGCGGCCGUUGAACCUCCUCGAAGACGUGAACCUCUUCCUUUGGCCGUACACGCGCGUCCUCUUCGUCGGCGCCACCAGGCAGGCCCAAGACACCCUCAAGGACGACGCCCUCCGCAACACCGUCCACGCCCUGUUCCUCGCCUUGGAUGAAGGAACGACGUCUCGCGAGGGAGGAGGAGCACUCGGCGAGGUCGGGGGA